AUGAAGACCAUUUCUAGCAAGAUUGUCGUGAACAAGUGGAUCGAUGAAUACAACGAUCUCCACAAGGGCGAGGAGCCGGACGCUCGCAACGUCGCAUAUGCGAAGCUUGUGAACGCCUACUAUGAGCUUUCUACGCUCUUCUACGAAGUUGGAUGGGGAACUUCCUUCCACUUCUCAUACAGAAUGGCGGGAGAGUCAUUCUCUGAGGGCAUGCGCCGCCACGAGUAUUAUUUGACCAGCUUUCUCGGAGGCCUCAAGCCAGGUUCCAAGGUGCUUGAUGUCGGAUGCGGCAUCGGUGGACCUCUUCGUAGCAUUACCCGAUUCACUGGAUGGGACAUUACCGGCAUCACCAUCAACGAGUACCAGGUUAACCGCUGCAACCAGCUCGCGGCAAGGCAGGGGCUCAGUGGCCAAUGCCGCGCUAUCCUCGGAGACUUCCUGGCCAUCCCUGCUGCAAACAAUUCUUUUGAUGGUGUUUAUGCUAUUGAGGCCACUUGCCACGCCCCCGAUCGCCGCAAGGUGUACUCCGAAGUUUUCCGUGUUCUUAAGCCUGGUGGCUACUUUGCAUGCUACGAAUGGUGUUUGACGAACAAGUAUGAUAAAAACAACCAGUACCACAGAUGGAUCAAGAAGAAGAUCGAGGAAGGUGACGCUCUUCCUGAUAUGGCUUACACACAUGAAAUCGAUGAUGCUAUGAGAAGCUCUGGGUUUGAUAUUCUUCAUACACGUGACAUGAGCUUGGACCCCAACCAGAAGUUUCCAUGGUACCAUCCCCUUCUUCCCAGCUGGAACCCCUUCGUUCAGAGAUUUCAGUUCAAUCCUGUUGGACUGUUUCUAACCACCUGGGGUUUGCGCUUGUUGGAGUUUUUGUGGCUCGCCCCUAAAGGAACCUCUAAGAUCCAGACCAUGCUUCAGCAGGGUGGAAUCGGCUGUGUGAAGGGUGGUCAGAACGAGAUCUUCACCCCCAUGUACCUCGUUGUCUGCAGGAAGCCACUCUAG